UGGUGCGGCGGGCGGAUAAUAAGCGAGUGGAGCCGGGGACGAUGCCAUUGCUCUGAGUCACCGCGAGUGCGCGCAGCUCCCGCUCGGCGCGGGACCGGGGGAGGGAGCGAGCCCUGAGACCCGCUUGAGUCACCCCCGCGCCGGGGAAAAGGGCAUUUUCCCUCCUCCGAAGCCUUCUUUCCCCCCCUUUCCGCGGCGAGCGUCGGGAGGCGAAAGGCAGGAGGGAGAAGGGGGCGGGGAGACGGCGAGGGAGCGGCGGGUGUCGGUGCGGGAAGGCGGGGACGCGGCUCCCCCGGCCCGACCUCGGACCAUGUACCAGGACUACCCCGGGAACUUCGACACCUCCUCCAGAGGCAGCAGCGGCUCCCCGGGACAUCCCGAGACCUACUCCAGCAGCGCAGCCCAGCAGAAAUUUCGAGUAGAUAUGCCAGGAUCAGGCAGUGCUUUUAUCCCUACGAUCAACGCCAUCACAACUAGCCAAGACCUGCAGUGGAUGGUCCAGCCCACCGUGAUCACCUCCAUGUCAAGCCCUUACUCUCGCUCACAUCCCUACAGCCAUCCACUGCCCCCACUGUCUUCAGUGGCCGGACACACAGCCCUUCAGCGACCUGGUGUGAUCAAAACCAUUGGAACCACAGUGGGUCGGAGACGAAGAGAUGAGCAGCUGUCGCCUGAGGAAGAAGAGAAGCGAAGGAUCCGGAGAGAGAGGAACAAGCUGGCAGCUGCUAAGUGUCGUAACAGGCGUCGAGAGCUAACAGAGAAACUCCAGGCGGAAACUGAAGUGCUGGAGGAGGAGAAGUCAGUGCUGCAGAAGGAGAUUGCUGAGCUCCAGAAGGAGAAGGAGAAGCUGGAGUUUAUGCUAGUGGCUCACAGCCCUGUGUGCAAAAUCAGCCCUGAGGAACGUCGGAGCCCACCAUCUAGCAGCCUCCAGAGCGUUCGGACUGGAGGGAGUGGAGCAGUGGUGGUGAAGCAGGAGCCUGUGGAAGAAGAGAUCCCAUCUUCCUCUUUGGUCCUUGACAAAGCCCAGAGGUCUGUCAUUAAGCCCAUCAGCAUUGCUGGAGGUUUUUAUGGGGAGGAGGCACUCAACACUCCCAUCGUGGUGACCUCAACACCAGCCAUCACACCUGGCUCCUCCAACCUGGUGUUCACCUACCCCAACGUGUUGGAUCAGGAGUCUCCUCUCUCCCCAUCUGAGUCCUGCUCCAAAGCUCACCGGAGGAGCAGCAGCAGUGGUGACCAGUCCUCGGAUUCCUUGAACUCUCCCACCUUGCUGGCAUUGUAAUCCUCCAGUGGCCCCCCAUUUUGCCAAUGUGUUACAUCCCCCCCACAGCACCAUGGAGGGAGCCCCCCUCCAUGGGAUUAGAGACAGGCACAGGAUCGUUCAAGCACAAGGGCAGCAAGAACAAGGAUGGGGAAGUGCUGCAGCUCCAGGAAGGAGAGUGAGGACCAAUGCCAGCUCCCUGAAGGCAGGAAAUGGCACGGGUGGGACUGGUGCGCCAGGACCGUUUGAAGAGGCUGAUGUUCUUUCUUGUAGGAACUGCCUAUGGAAACCUCUUCACAGCCAUGGAGGACUUGGGGAGCUCUGCUGGCCAGGACUGAAAGUGAGCUGCAGACAGUUGCUAGUCACCCCUUUCCUUUGUGAAUUGAUCUGAUCUGUUGUGCUCUGUGCUUAGAUCAUUCUGGUUAGUUGAUCUUACAACUUCUCUCUCUGCUUAUCAUUUCCAAUGUUGUCGAUCCCAUGACAUUUCAUCCAGUUGCUCUGAACUCUAAAGGCUUAUUAGGAUCUUUCCUCUGGGGACAGGCUGUGGGAAACACAUAGGGCUGCCCAGGCAGGAGGGGGAUGGCUGGGAGUUCUGGGGAAGCAGGGACCAAGAGGAGCCUGAGGGCUCAGCAGCAAGGGCAGAGCUCAUAACAUUGGCCUGGGGCACAGACACAGCAAACAGAGACAGUAGGAGGCUCAUGCAGAAGCCUUUCUUUUUUAAAAUGCAGACAUAUUUAUCCCCUUGGGCUCCUCCAAAACAAGUUAGCAUCUCAGGGCUAAAGUAGCAUCAGAAGAGCUGCUGGGCUAGCACUUACCAUAUCUUUGGCAGGGUUGUACUCCGGUUUGGUGGAUAUCAAAUCUGCUACUUGUUGUUUACUUUUCCUGGGCUGCCUGCUCUCUAGGGAGUAUUGCAUCUUCCUCCCCAUCAGGGCUCCUGACUCAGAGGGUGAUUUCUUACUGUUAGUAAAUCUUCCCCUCCCCUUGGCCAUAUUUGCAGAACAUGCUACCAAAAAAGAGGUGGCACCACGUGCCUAUAAAUCAAGGAUGGAGACUGGCAGCAGAUAAGAAGGUGAAACUAACUGGCUGCCCCCUUGCUGAUUUUUUUAACUGUUGGGAAACAAAGCAGCACACAUCCACCCAGUUGAAACUAGAGGGUGUUGUUUGCUCAGAAUCCCAAUUUCCAAGGUUGGGGGGAAGGCAGUGGUCCAAUCUCCAGCACAGCACGGGCCACUGCUGACCAUGCAGGAAUGGCAUGGUUGAAGUGGUGACCUGUUUGAACUAGAACAGAGCUUCUGAUAACCUCUGGUUAUGAAUGGCAAAUUGACAGCAGAGGAAAAUCAAUUAUCAUUAUUUGCACCUCAGUCUUUGGCCUCUGUUUAUUUUUACAUUGUAAUUGAUCUGGUUUUGUUGGGGUUCACUGGCCUGAAGACAAAAAAAGAAAUGGGAGAGGUCUUCCCCUACCCUGGGUCCUUGUCUUCUCCAACCCAUGGGCUUGGCUGCUGCUGCUGCUACUACUAAGUGCUUGCAGAGGGCACAGGCUCUCGAGCGCUGAUGUUUACUACUGAAAACAGUAAUGUGUGUAACCUAUUCCUGCUUGGAGCCAGGCUCAAUUCCUGUUGAUGUCAAGGCACUGACAAACCAUGACUAUGUGCACACUAGGAUUGCCCAGCUUGCCAGCUAAGCCGCUUAGGGAAUAGCUCUUUCAUCCUGCCUGUUGAAGCCGUGGUGGCAGCUAUUUAUUUUGGUGUGAGACUUUCUUGUUCUUUUAUAUAUUUUUUAAUCAAUUGAAACCAGGGUAUUUCUUGGUCAGGCUGGACCUGGAGAAAUGCAAUACGCGAUUACAGGGCCAGUCCUGUGAAACGCUAAGCUGCUGCAGUCCCCACCAACUCCACUGCAAAUUAAUAGUGUUCAGUUUCGUGGAACUGGACCUUUACUCAGCGGGGCUGGCUUCCCUCAAACCCUGACCACUGUUCAUUCCUUGAAUCAUUUCAAAGGGACACUACUUUGGCUCUAAAGGUAGGCUUUGCUUUUUUAUUAUUACUAUUAUUUUUAAACCCAGCUAUUUACCAAACCUGCCAGAAAUAGAAAGAUAUGAGUGAUCUUUUUCUUUGUAAAGCUGAUGUGAUUCAGGCUUUUUCUUUAUUGCUUAAACACUUCCAUCAUUAAACUGGUGCUAGAGGUUUCAUAUUGAGCUUACAGAAUAAGCAAAUUUGAUAAAGGAAUUCUCUUGUCCUUACAUGGACAACAAAACUUUCUUCUUAAUGAAGUAGGUCUUAAACUUCCCAUAGCACAAAGGACCCUGUUUUCAUAGGGGUUUAUGUAGAUGAUACCACUUCAGGUGAAACUGCUGCUUCUCUACCAGUCUCCAUUUUGCUAGAUGCUUUUUGGGCCAGUCUAGAUUGAAAAUCUGAAACUGUUCAAUAAAAUGUCUCCUCAUGUCAUUUCUACCCAUUUUUGGGCAGAAUGCAACAUUCACUAGUGGUGAAUCCUGAAGUGAUAGAGCUGAUUUUGAGGUUAGCUGUCCAGGAUUGUGCUCUUCUGGGAGACCAGGAGCAUUCCUGUUAGGGAUUUCAGGAAGUCAGAUGCCUCCUCAAACCUCAGUAAGCCUAACUCCUAGUGUAACAACAAAAACCUACCUUUGCUUUUGCACACUGAAUCACUGCCAAAAGGAGCUGCAGCUGGCCCUUGCCCACUGCCUUGUUGUUGACCUUCUCAGAGACAGUACAGGACGGUCCCAUUUGCUGUCCACCAUAAACUUUCACGGGAGCCACUGCUCAGAAAAGAGGAUUAUUUUUUACAUAUGGAAAAUCACCAAAUACCUUAUGUCUGCCCAUUGUCCCUCAAACCUCUCAGAGGAUGUCUGUGUUGGGAUUGCUGGUCUUCUGCCUCCUGUAUUUUGUGGAUCAGCCUUACCUUCGUUUAGUUUCUGGAAGGCAGAUACAGCUUGAGCUCUGCUACUGUUCUGGUCUCGCCCUGUGUUCUUCUUUUCAGGUUUACUGGUGGGUUUUUUGGGAAUUGACUGUCUUUCCCAUCCCCAGAAUGGUAUUUUCCAUGAGUACCUUCCCUGCCAAUUCCUAAAUGUACAGAGUCUCCAUGUUCUGCAUGUAAUGGGGAUGCAGGCACUGUCAUAACUAGUGUCUAAU